AACCAGUACUUUGACCAAUCCCAUCGCUAGUCCGGUGAAAACUAUGGCUCCAACCCUCGCAAAUUAUAUUGUACACUCGGUUGUACCUAAUUUUUGGUACAAUUGGAUAAUUGAAGAAAGAAAUGAACUGCCGGAAUUAGUGUCGCUCCUCCAUUUGCCGGGUCGGGCCACCGGAGACGAAAGAAGAUGGAGCAGCAAAGACGGAAGAGGAUGGAGCAGCGAAGAUGACGAGGAGCGACGAUGGCGAAUAUCUGGAGAAAACGAUGGAGAAUGAAGAUCUAAGGAGCACCGAAGGUGGUGGCAGCUUGAGGUCGCGGGUCGGGUCGCGUAGAUGGAGGAAGAAAGCAGCUGUGGAAGAGAGGCGGGAAUAUGAAAACCCUAGUCGCAGAGAAAAGUUAUUUAUGUUUGUGAUUAUUGUGUUUCUCAGAGUGGUUAAGCUUAUGCGAACGUUUCUGGACAGAAUUGGCUAUUCACCGGUUUCCUUCAGAUUCAGGUUGCAUUUUACAAUUAUGGAUCCCGUGGACGGAAUUGUUGAGGUGGAAGGAAAAGGGGAUGCGUUUAUUCGUGUGAAAGUUCUGUUCUUUGCUCGUGCCAGGGACCUUACCGGCUUGGAAAAUAUGCAUCUGGAAGUUUCUCCUGGCAGCACUGCACAAGAUUGUUUGGAUAAGCUUAUUGCCAGGUUCCCAAGUUUGCAAGAGAUCUGCCAAUGCAUGGUUCUUGCCCUCAACUGUGAGUACAUUUCAGAAUCCACCAUUGUCAAUAACAAAGAUGAGCUUGCAAUUAUUCCUCCUAUAAGUGGAGGUUAGACUACUCAGCACACCCUUAUGUUGUAAAAAUGUAGGGAAUGAACAAUUUUAAUUCCUUAAAUAUCACGCGAAAAAGAAAUUUAACAAUAAAUUUUGGAGGCAGGUUUUUGCUGUUCAAACAUUUAUGUCCUUGGGCUGUUUGGCACUUGGCCGUGUAUAUCUUUUAUAACACCCGUAAUUUCGAAUUUCGUUUUAGCAGUUGGUGAAUUAAUAAUUCAACUAUCCAUUC